CGUAUUAAACUGACAACAUCUCCAGUCAGGUGUCAUAUUAUCGCUAAGAAGUUGAAUUGAAUUUCUGCGAUGAAAACUCACCUUUACGCAUGUAUGAAAAGUAGGAAGAAAGAACCUCUCUAGCUUGACAUCUUUUUAUUUUUAAUUACAUUGUUCAACUUUAAUUAGGCUCCGAAAAUCAUGUCUGCAAAUUAGUUUUUAAGAAUUUGCCUCGCACAAGUUGACAAAUAAUGUCGGCAGAAGUGAGCAAAAUGAAAAAUACCCAUUGUGAAAGAGACAGUUUGCGGUAAUAUCAAAUACAAGACUUUAAUAUUUCCUCAAGUAAUAUCAAACAUGCAGGCACCGAAUGGUUUGAAUGUCUGUAUGAAUUCAGUGUACACUUCUAUCCCCGGUAUUCCUGAAUUGGGAAUGGUCUGGAUGGGGGAUAUGAUGAUACAUAAUGAACCUGCAUCUGAGCUGAUAAUAGAUCCAAGACAUGCUGCUGGGAGUCCUUUUAUCACGCAUAGUUCUCAUUCAUUUGAUGAUAUACGGAAUCAUCAAAUAGCUCCUACUACAAUGGUCAGAUAUAUGCCUCAGCAAUUCGCGAACGAAUGUUCGGAGAUCGAGGAAACAAUGGAAGCAGUUGAUAGUCAAAACAUUCAGCAAGAGUAUGAUGCUCAAAGGGAAAAUGAAGGAAUGAGUGACUAUCUAACCUUGGAAGACUACAUUGAAGAGGAAGAAGAGCGUGAAAUGGUAGUAAGUAAUGUGGCAACUCAGACAACUCAAGAUAACAAAAAUCGUAAGAUUAAACCUAUAAAACAUCCUGGGUUGGUACUAAAGACGCCGAUUGCUUAUCAACCUCAUACGGACCUGAAUUUUAUUCCUAUUCGUAAAGACGGAAUAGCUGUAUGUGAAAAAUGCGGUGCGAUAGGUGUUAAGCAUGCUUUUUAUACAAAAGAAAGAAGAUUUUGUAGUAGAGCAUGUGCUAGAUCUUCCGAGCACACAACGUCUACGGCUGACUCAACUUAUAGUCCAUCUCAUCAGCUUGACCAUCAGACUAUUAAUCCACCUAAAGAGGAGAGAACUUCAGAUCAUGAGAUGCUCGCUAGUGCUAAUGAAAUGAAUUGUGAAGAAUGCUAUUCAUCAGAAGAAAAAAUAGAAGAGAAAGUAAUCACAGACUCAGUAAUGCCAGAAGAUUUACCUGUAAGACGAAAGAGAACAGCCGAAAUGGCCGGCUCUUAUGACUGGACACCACAACUUACUGAAGCAGGAUUUUGUGCAGCGCCAGUGUCCUGCUUUAAACAUGCGCCAAUAUCUGAGAUAUGGGAUAACAUUACUGUUGGAAUGAAAGUAGAAGUCGAGAAUACGGAUUGCGACGAAGUUUGCGAAGCUUUUCCAGAUUCUUUUUGGGUUGCUACUGUCCUUAGAAUUUCUGGUUACAGAGCAUUAUUGAGAUAUGAAGGGUUUGGACAGAAUGCCGAGAAGGAUUUUUGGGUUUCACUUUGUUCUAGUGAUAUUCAUCCAGUUGGUUGGUGUGCGACUAUUGGAAAACCUUUAAUCCCUCCCAAUACAAUUGCUAAUAAGUAUAAAGACUGGAAAGAUUUCCUUAUGAGAAGACUUACUGGCGCUCGAACUUUACCUACGAAUUUUUAUAAUAAAGUUAAUGAUAGUCUAAAAUCUCGAUUUCGUUGUGGUUUGCAUUUAGAAGUAGUAGACAAAAAUAGAAUCUCACAGGUUAAAGUUGCAACGAUUCAAAAAAUUGUUGGUAAACGAUUACAUGUCAGAUACUACGAUUCUCCGCCAGAAGAUAAUGGUUUUUGGUGUCACGAAGAUUCACCUCUGAUCCAUCCGGUCGGCUGGGCCAAAAAAGUUGGACAGACUCUUGAUGCAUACCCAGAAUACUUAGAGCGCUUAGAAAAAGGUCUUUUAUGUUCAGAUGAUGCUACAGAAAACUUAUUUCACGUGCCAAAAAGCCAUCACAUACAUCUUGGUUAUACGUUUCGUGAAGGAAUGAAAAUUGAAGCAAUAGAUCCACUUAAUCUUUCUGCAAUAUGUGCUGCAACUGUGAUGCAAGUUCUUAAAGAAGAUUAUAUUAUGAUAAGAAUCGACAGCUACGAUGAAGAUACUAGCGGUGCUGAUUGGUUUUGUUACUGUGUCAGCUCAUCGUGUAUUUUUCCAAUCGGUUUUUGUGCUCAACACGGUUUACCUCUUACACCUCCUAAAGGCUAUGAUCCAACAACAUUUUCUUGGAAUACUUAUUUAGUUGAAACAAAUACUAUUCCAGCACCUAUUCAAUUAUUCAAUCGUGAAGUUCCGCAGCAUGGCUUCAUUGAAGGAAUGAGAUUAGAAGCAGCAGAUUUAAUGGAUCCAAGAUUAGUCUGUGUCGCAACAAUUACUCGUGUUAUUGGCCGACUAUUACGUGUUCAUUUUGAUGGUUGGGAAGAUGAAUACGAUCAGUGGCUGGACUGUCAGAGUCCUGAUAUUUAUCCGGUAGGUUGGUGUGACCUUGUUGAUCAUAAACUUGAAGGGCCACGUGUAUCUGUUAAAAUUAUCAGUUCACCUGUAAAAACACCCAAAAGCCUUAAACGUAAAGCAAAAAGAAAAAUGAAAAAAAAUGGUAAGAUGAGCUGUGUUAAAAACGUCCUUUCAAGACACAGCGAACGUAUCGAAGGACUUAGAGAAUGCAAAAAAGAAAUAGAACUGGUACAGGAUACAAAAAUUGAACGUGAUAGAGAGUUAGAAAGUUUACUUGAAUCAGAUGAAAGAGAACCAGAGCCAGCAUUGGAGCCAGCUGGACCAGAUCAGACUUUACCGAGUCCAACCAGUGGACAGGGUCACUCAUUAAAUGAGACACAGUGUGAUGGUGGAAAUUCCAAACCACUGAAAAAGAAACCCACUACCUCUAGCAUUCACGUAAAUCCAACAAGUGGCAAGUAUAUCCCAAGGAUAGCAGAUGGAUGGCAGAAAAGUUCUGAUUGCGGGGAAUUAGUGCCUACAGAGUGGAAUGCAUUUGAUGUGGCGCAGUUUUUGCGCAUCAAUGAUUGUGCUACUUAUUGUGACAAUUUUUGUAAACGUAAAGUCGAUGGAAAAACAUUCCUCUCACUUACGAAAGACCAAAUUAUAGAUUUGACUGGUUUCAAAGUUGGUCCAUCUUUAAAAAUAUUCGACCUUAUUCAGCAACUGAAAAUCAAAGUUAACCCAGCGCAUGAAAGGUUAAAGUUAGGACUAAAAAAACUAUUGUAACAGAGACAGAAUUUUUAGCUUUGUAUGUUUGUUAAUGAAUCUUUGCAAGUGAAAUAUGGAUUAUUAUUAAGGCGUGUGACUAUAAAUAAGUUGACUGUUUACAAAAAAAAAUCGUGACAUUAGGUGCAAAUUCCUGGAAUAUCAUGAAAAUCGUUUAUUUGAGAAAAUAUACAUUAUAUAGAAACAUAAAAUACUGUUCUGAAAUUUAUUACAUAAUUAAUAAUACUUAUUUAAUAGUAACUAAUUUAUACUACAAAUUUAAGUCUUAUUACAAACUGUUUCUUAUAAAUUUUAAGCGCAGAUCUUGGUCAUUCUAAAGAGUUAAAUAUUAAUUAAUCUAUUUUAUUAACACGUCAUUAGUUGUAUCAAGUAUGGUAAUGUGUUUUUUUUUCUUUCUAACUGAUUUUCGUCAGAUUUUCACGCUUUAAACAUAAUGAUAAGAUAUUUUAUAAAAUUUAUCCUUUUUAGAACAUAAAUAUACACAAAUUAAAAAGUAAAAGUUGUUAUUAUUGUGUGAAAGACAAAAAAUAAUACCGAAAAU